CAUAAGGCGGAGGGAGGCGUCAGGAAGGGUCGGCCAAGCCCUGCCUGCGGGCUGCCGAAGCGUGCUGCUGGGAAGGCAGGCAGGCAGGCAGAGCAGGAGUUGCCCCCCUAACCCGGAGUUGCCCCCUUCGGGGAGCCUGAAGUCUGGUGGCGAAGCAGCAUCGGCUGCAUUUCGACACAGGCGCGAAUCUAGCCGGGAAGAUCCGUGGCUGCUUCGUGAAUGCUUUGGAGGGAGAGGAAGGUGAGAGGAAAUAUUAGGAGAAAACCAGCAGUGAAUUUAUGGGUGGUGCCAAAUGGGAAAAGUGGGAACAAUACAAACUAAAAACUUGAGCAAAAGAGAAGAAUAGAAAUGAUUGAUGUGCUUUUCUCAGCAUGGAGCAGAAAAAAAUAAUACAGAAGGAAAGAGAAAGAAGCCUGUGCCAGCUACGUAAGAGAAGCUUCACUUCUGAACCAAGCUUUGAACCUCAGGGUGAAAUGCAAACAAGUGACAACCCACAAAUGCUGUGAAUGCAGAAAUAGUUUCAUCACGAGUGGAACUCUAAAUAGACACAAUAGAAUCCACACUGGGGAGAAAACACAUAAAUGCUUUGAGUGUGGCAAGAGCUUCAGAAUGAGUGGAUAUCUUAUUAAACAGCAUAGAACCCGACCUGGGGAGAAACCAUAUAAUUGCUUUGAGUGUGGCAAGAGCUUCAGCAGGAGGGGAGAGCUUACUGUACACUGUAGAACCCACACUGGGGAGAAACCAUAUCAAUGCUUGGAGUGUGGAAAGAGCUUCGCCCAGAGAGGACACCUUAUUAUACACCAUAGAUCGCACACUGGGGAGAAACCACAUAGAUGCUUGGAGUGUGGAAAGAGCUUCAGCAUGCGUGGAAAUCUUACUAAACACCAUAGAACCCACACUGGGGAGAAACCACAUAAAUGCUUGGAGUGUGGCAAGAGCUUCAGCCAGAAAGGAGAGCUUACAAUACACCAUAGAACCCACACUGGGGAGAAACCAUAUAAAUGCUUUGAGUGUGGAAGGAGCUUCAGGCGGAGCGGAGAUCUUACUAUACACCAUAGAAGCCACACUGGAGAGAAACCACAUAAAUGCUUCGAAUGUGGAAAGAGCUUCAGGAUGAGUGGAAAACUUAAUGAGCACUGUAGAAUGCACACUGGGGAAAAACCACAUAAAUGUUUAGAGUGUGGAAAGAGCUUCAGCACAAGUCUAGUUCUUAAGAGACACCAUAGAACCCACACUGGGGAGAAACCAUAUCAAUGCUUGGAGUGUGGAAAGAGAUUCAGCACAAGUGGGGAGCUUACUUUACACAAUAGAACCCACACUGGGGAGAAACCACAUCAAUGCUUGGUGUGUGGAAAGAGCUUCAGAACAAGUCAAGCUCUUACUCUACACUAUAGAACUCACACAGGGGAGAAACCACAUAAAUGUUUGGAUUGUGGAAAGAGCUUCAGCCGAAGUGCAUCUCUUAAUCGACACCAUAGGACCCAUACCAGGGAGAAACCUCAUGAAUGCUUGGUGUGUGGAAAGAGUUUCAGCACGAGUGGAGAGCUUAUUAUACACAAUAGAACCCACACUGGGGAGAAACCAUAUCACUGCUUGGAGUGUGGAAAGAGCUUCAGCCAGAGUGUACAUCUUACUAUGCACAAUAGAAACCACACCGGGGGGAAACCACAUAAAUGCUUUGAGUGUGGCAAGAGCUUCAGCCAGAAAGGAGAGCUUACAAUACACAAUAGAAUCCACACUGGGGAGAAACCACAUAAAUGCUUGGAGUGUGGAAGGAGCUUCAGGCAGAGCGGAGAUCUUACUAUACACCAUAGAACCCACACUGGAGAGAAACCACAUAAAUGCUUGGAGUGUGGAAAGAGCUUCAGCAGGAGGGGAGAGCUUACUGUACACUGUAGAACACACACUGGGGAGAAACCAUAUCAAUGCUUGGAGUGUGGAAAGAGCUUCACCACGAGGGGAAUACUUACUGUACACCAUAGAUCGCACACUGGGGAGAAACCACAUAAAUGUUUGGAGUGUGGAAGGCGCUUCAGCACAAGGGGAGACCUUACUAGACACUUGUUAACCCACACUGGGGAGAAACCAUAUAAAUGCUUCGAGUGUACAAAAAGCUUUAGCUCAAGUGGAAAGCUUACUAUGCACAAUAGAACCCACACUGGGGAGAAACCAUAUAAAUGCUUUGAGUGUGGAAAGAGUUUCAGCCAAAGUGGGGAUCUUACUGUACACUGUAGAACCCACACUGGGGAGAAACCACAUAAAUGCUUAGAGUGUGGCAAGAGCUUCACCCGGAGAGGAACCCUUAUUAUACACCAUAGAACACACACUGGGGAGAAACCACAUAAAUGCUUAGAGUGUGGCAAGAGCUUCACCACAAAUGGAAAUCUUACUAAACACCAUAGAACCCACACUGGGGAGAAACCACAUAAAUGCUUUGAGUGUGGCAAGAGCUUCAGCACAAGUGGAGAGGUUACAAUACACAAUAGAACCCACACUGGGGAGAAACCAUAUAAAUGCUUGGAGUGUGGAAGGAGCUUCAGGCAGAACGGAGCUCUUACUAGACACCAUAGAAGCCACACUGGAGAGAAACCACAUAAAUGCUUCGAGUGUGGAAAGAGCUUCAGGACGAGUGAAAAACUUAAUGGGCACCAUAGAACCCACACUGGGGAGAAACCACAUAAAUGCUUGGAGUGUGGAAAGAGCUUCAGCACGAGUCUAGCUCUUAAGAAACACCAUAGAACCCACACCCACACUGGGGAGAAACCACAUAAAUGCUUGGAAUGUGGCAAGAGCUUCAGAAUGAGUCGUGCUCUUACCUUACACUAUAGAACCCACACUGGGAAGAAAACACAUAAAUGCUUGGAAUGUGGCAAGAGCUUCAGCCGGAGUACAACUCUUACUUUACACUAUAGAACCCACACUGGGGAGAAACCACAUAAGUGCUCGGAGUGUGGAAAGAGCUUCAUCACAAGUGGAGAGCUUACUUUACACAAUAGAACCCACACUGGAGAGAAACCAUAUCAAUGCUUAGAGUGUGGAAAGAGCUUCAGCCGGAGUACAACUCUUACUUUACACAAUAGAACCCACACUGGGGGGAAACCACAUAAAUGCUUUGAGUGUGGCAAGAGCUUUGGCCAGAGAGGAGAGCUUACAAAACACAAGAGAAUCCACACUGGGGAGAAACCACAUAAAUGCUUUGAGUGUGGAAGGAGCUUCAGGGAGAGCGGAGAGCUUACUAUACACCAUAGAACCCACACUGGAGAGAAACCAUAUCAAUGUUUGGAGUGUGGUAAGAGCUUCACCACGAGGGGGAAACUUACUAUACACUAUAGAAACCACACUGGAGAGAAACCACAUAAAUGUUUGGAGUGUGGAAAGAGCUUCACCACGAGGGGAAAACUUACUAUACACUGUAGAACCCACACUGGGGAGAAACCAUAUCAAUGCUUGGAGUGUGGAAAGAGCUUCAGCCAGAGGGGGAAUCUUACUAUACACAAUAGAACUCACACUGGGAAGAAACCACAUACAUGUUUGGAGUGUGGAAGGAGCUUCAGCACGAGGGGAGACCUUAUUAGACACUGUAGAACCCACACUGGGGAGAAACCACAUAAAUGGGGAGAAUUUGCAUUUGGAUAGGAGAGUGUGUUGUGCUUUAUUGUGGGUCAUUGGCUCUCAUCAGGGUUUGGAACCUGUGUGGGCUCUGUCUGACCCUUUCAGCUGAACUGUUUUGUACAGAUCAAGCAACCUGACUGGAUUACCAAACACAACAUGAAUGCAAAGUUUCUUCCAGAGCAGUUUACAUAGAGAAAUAAAAACAAACUCUAUCCUUAUCCCUGAAAGAAUUAAAUCAGCAUGAACCAGCCAAUUAUCCCUCUGAAUUGACAGUCCCCAGCCAUCACAGCUCUUUUUCCUUAGCGCCCUAAAAAGCUUUGCCUUCUGCGGUGGUGUCUGGGAACUUUGGGAAUACUGCAUAAGAUGCAAGAAUCUGUCCUUGUAAUGGUAUCGUUUAUGACUCAUUCAGAAACUCUUUUGGAACUCUGCUUUUACUGACUCCCCUGGGCAUUCAGAGUUAUUUUAUGCCACCUAUUUACUACCUGGAGCGAAUCCUGAGACUGAUUGUAAAGUGGCUAAAUUAUGUGUGGCUGCUUGUAAGAUUAGAUCUGUCAAUUGUGGUUCUUGUGAUUGAUAUACUUUUAAAAAUAAAAUUGCAAGCUGGA